GGCCAGGUGCCCGGGCAGCGAGCAGGAAGUGGCCGGUGCGGCCCUGGGCACCUCCUGCGGGCGGCGGGAGCGGGGGCGGAUGGCGGCGCGGGCCCCGGGGGGCUCCGAGGACCCCGUGGCGGUCGCCCUGGACGGCCUGGCGCGCAAUUUCACGUACGGGGCGCCGGGCGCUGCCAACGGCUCCCUGUCCGGCGCGUGGUUCCGCAGCCACCAGGUUCACCUGUUUGGAGUUUUGCUGGCCGUCUUGGGAAACGUGGUGAUCAGCAUUUCCCUCAACAUUCAGAAGUACUCGCACCUGCAGCUGGCACAGCGCCCAGAGCCCCGCCCCUACUUCCGGAGCCCACUGUGGUGGGGCGGGGCCGUGCUCAUGGCCCUGGGCGAGGUGGGCAAUUUCGCCGCCUACGGCUUCGCACCCAUCACCCUCGUCGCCCCGCUCGGCUGCGUGUCAGUCACAGGUAGUGCCAUUAUUUCUGUUAUGUUUCUGAGAGAAAACCUAAGAGCCUCAGAUUUGUUGGGUACGACGCUGGCGUUCGCAGGAAUCUACUUACUGGUGAACUUCGCCCCCAGUCUAAUGCAGACGCUCACGGCGAGAACAAUACAGUAUUACUUCGUUGGCUGGAAGUUCAUGGUCUACGUGAUCUUGGAGAUCCUGGUUUUCUGCGUCCUGCUCUAUUUCCACAAGAGGAAGGGGUUGAAGCACUUGGCCCUCCUGCUCUCGCUCGUGUCCCUCCUGGCCUCUCUGACGGUGAUUUCCGCUCGAGCUGUCUCGGGCAUGGUCACCGUUUCCGUCAUGGGGAAGAUGCAGCUGACGUAUCCCAUCUUCUACAUCAUGCUGAUCAUCAUGAUCUCCUCGUGUGUCUUCCAAGUCCAGUUUCUGGACCAGGCCACCAAGCUGUACAGCACAGCCGCCGUGGUGCCCGCCAAUCACAUCUUCUUCACCACCAGCGCCAUCACGGCAGGGAUCAUAUUUUAUCAGGAGUUCCUUGGUGCUGCUUUCCUCACUGUAUUCAUAUACCUAUUUGGGUGUUUCCUGUCAUUCCUUGGCGUGGUUUUGGUCACCAGAAACCGAGAAAAGGAACAUCUGUCCCAGCCUUACAUUGAUUUUGGAAAUGUUCCUGGGAAACAAACGCUGGACAAGAUACAGCCUGAGCCCAGUGGCUCGUCCUACGGCACGCUGCCCGACAGAGGGGAGAAGAAGGAGGCGUAGGCCAGGGGCUGCCACCCCACCCUGCUCCGAGAACAUGCUCACCC